GGUGUUAACUUGCUGUUUCUGUCUCGUCCUUCCCAGAUAUCGAUAUGCCGGGAGUUGCCGAACGUCGAGGUGAUCACGCUCAGUUUGAACGGCAUCUGGGACCUCGAGCCGCUGAAUCGGUGCCAGAACCUGAGCGAACUCUAUCUGAGGAAGAACAACAUUACAAGCCUAAAUGAGCUCUUCUACCUUAAAAACCUACCCCGGCUGAGGGUCCUGUGGCUCUCUGAAAAUCCCUGCUGUGGAUCGGACCCCCACCGCUACCGGAUGACGGUGCUGCGGAACCUACCCAGCCUGCAGAAGCUUGAUAACCAAGCUGUGACAGAGGAAGAACUGUCCCAGGCCCUGGUUGAUGGUGAGGAGAUCACGGCCCCGCCAGCCGGGAGGAGCGUAGAGAACAGCUGCCCUGAGUCCACUGAAUCCACAACGGAGACCGAGAGUGAACUGCUGAACUUCAGUCUGGAGGAGACAAACAGAAUCCGAGAGGAGCUUGGUAUGUGGCCGGUUCCUGGGGAUAAAUUUUCCUCCUUUUCACCUCGAGAGAUGGACUGUAAUCGGAAGAAGGGAAACAACGUCCUGAAUGCCAUCCUGCUUCUCACGAAGGAACUGGACCUGGAGGGUCUGGAGAUUGUCCAGCAGACGGUGGGGAGGAGGCUCCAGGCCUUUCGGAAGAAGGAGCUGCAGGAGGAGUGA